ACUACUUUACACACUCUCUCUCUCUCUCCUAUAAAAUCAAAAUCAAAGGCUUUCUCAUACCCUCUUUGUUUCUCUCUCUCAUUCUUCACCUUCCAAAUUCCCAAUUCUAAAUCCAAAACGCAACCUUUUUCUCUCCUUCUUCAACCACUACUUCUUCUUCUUCACUUCGCUCCUUAUCUUAUCGCUAUUCAGGCACUGCUAUAAUACAUUGUAGAAACGCAAAAAGAAUGGAUUUACAUCAGUAUUUUGAAGGGGGUAUGCCCCAAAUGGAUUAUUUUGAAGAUAAUUCAUCUCUGGAAAUGUGGAAAUGUGCUAGUGAUAGUGAUGCCAUUGCAGAUUCAGAUGGAAAUGCCUCUGGUGGUGGCUUUGAAUGCAACAUCUGCCUCGAAUGCGUGCAGGAUCCGGUAGUCACUCUUUGUGGUCAUCUCUACUGCUGGCCCUGCAUUUACAAGUGGCUUAAUUUCCGAAACAUCUCUUCCGAAACCGGAGAGAAGAGGAAGCCACAAUGUCCAGUAUGCAAGUCGGAAAUUUCUCAGUCCUCCCUUGUUCCCCUAUACGGCCGUGGCCAAGCUAGCUCAGCCUCAGAAGACAAGGCUCACCAAGCCGGAGUUGUCAUACCGCGGCGACCCCUUGGUCCAGGAUCAUCAAGUACUGCAAACGUUUCCCAACCUUCAUCUCGAGUUUAUCAUUCCCAUUAUCCUGAUCCUUCUCAACAAUUCAACUCCAUUCCAGGUAGUUACUCUUCGCCGCUAACAAACUCCUUUAACACCACAUAUGGAAUCAUUGGCGAAACAAUAUAUGCAAGGGUAUUUGGAAACCAGGUGACCAACAUAUACACAUACCCCAAUUCAUACCAUCUUGCUGGGAACAAUAAUCCAAGGAUUAGAAGGUAUCUAAUGGAAGCUGAUAGAUCACUUAGCAGAAUAUGUUUCUUCCUCUUUUGUUGCACGGUUUUGUGUCUUCUCUUAUUCUGAUCACUAUUGCAUUCUUUUUUUUAUCCAAUACAUUCCUGUAUAGAUUACAAGCCUUGUGAGGGUCCUGCCAUAUGUAUCAUAGGUUAGAGAAGUUGCAUAUUCAGCUAUGAGAUAUGUGUAAUUAGUAUGUUACCGAUCUCCCAGAUAUAUAUGAAAUAGAAGUCUGCAUUAAUUUGCUGUUGCAUUCAAUUUUGGUUCUCAGCUUGUUGUAUACUGAACUAUGUCAUAUAGUUAAGAAUUUAUUAUAAAUCAUAUAGGAAAGUAAUGUAUAUGGCUUGCGUAUUUUACUUGUAAUUCACUGA